AGAAAAAGGAAAUUCUCUACUCUUUCAUUUCGUUUUCUCUCAACCUUAAACCCUAAAUUUCUCUACAUCUUCAAAAAAAACUCUCACCUAUGGCCUUGCUCCUGUUGUUCAAGAAAUUGUCAAUGGCAUUAGCACGUUUCUACUGUGGUCAAGCCUUAAAACCAAAGCAACAGUCCCUCAAAGAAAGAUUUACUUGUUAUUGUAAAAAGAAAAAAGAAAAAAGGAUGAUGUAUCUCAUCGUAUAAUUAAAAAUUUGGACAAAUUUAAAGUUGGAAAGGAUGCGGCGAUGUGGAAGGCUGAAGAUCUCCUUUUGCGUAGCAAGACUACUGUUGUUGGUGCUGUCAAGUGCGAAUUAUCCACUGGAUUUAGGCCACUCAGUCUUGUUAUUGGAGCUGUGAUCGUGAUUGAUUCUCACCGGAGUGGUCAGCGAUUGGAAGAAAAGAUGUCUAAUGUGGAUGGGGUUGUGACUGUGUUGUUGAAUGAUGUGAAAGUAGCUCUAGAUGGACACUCCAAUCUUGGAGAUGAAGUAGCAAAGCUUGUAAUGGAAGUUUCAAAUCUUUCUACACUCAUUUUGAAGGAGCCGCCCAAUGCAGAGGUGGAGAAAAAAAUGGAUGCUAUUGUAGUUACAAUAAACAAACUGGUUUCUGAGCUUGCUAAGAAAAAUGAGCAGAAGAAGACAUGGCUUGGGGAAGAUCAUGCAUGAUAUUGUCACCUAGUUAUUUGAUGACUGGGUGGCAACCAUUUUGUUAAAGCUUAAAUUGUGUGGCCUCUCUUGUACCUCUUUUCUUAUAUAUUGUUGAAUUUUGAAUACAUUUUGUGAAU